GAGCGGGUCUGCGGCGUGUCUUUCAGGCUGGAGUCUCAGCGUCUGGCUGGCGCGCCGCCGGGUCCCAUGGAGCUGGAGGGGCGGUGGUGGCGAGGACAGCUGGCUGCCGACAUCCACCAAGCGCUUCGGUACAAGGAGCUGAAGUUGCCCUCCUACAAAGGCCAGUCCCCUCAGUUAAGCCUCAGAAGGUAUUUUGCCGACCUGAUUGCCAUUGUGAGCAACCGCUUCACGCUCUGCCCUUCUGCCCGGCACCUUGCUGUCUACUUACUGGACUUGUUCAUGGACCGCUACGACAUCUCUAUCCAGCAGCUGCACUUCGUCGCGCUGUCCUGUCUGCUCUUAGCAAGUAAAUUUGAAGAAAAAGAAGACAGUGUGCCUAAGCUGGAGCAGCUCAACAGCCUGGGCUGCAUGACGAACAUGAACCUGGUGCUGACAAAGCAGAACUUGCUACACAUGGAGCUGCUGCUGUUGGAAACCUUCCAGUGGAACCUCUGCCUCCCGACGGCAGCUCACUUCAUCGAGUAUUAUCUCUCUGAAGCAGUACACGAAACAGAUCUUCACGACGGCUGGCCAAUGAUUUGUUUGGAAAAAACUAAACUCUAUAUGGCCAAAUACGCGGAUUACUUCUUGGAAGUGUCUCUGCAAGAUUAUGCCUUUCUAAAUUAUGCACCUUCUUUAGUAGCUGCUGCGUGUGUGGCUUCUUCGAGGAUUAUACUUCGACUUUCCCCAACGUGGCCUGCAAGACUGCAUCGUCUCACUGCUUACUCGUGGGAUUUCUUAGUGCAGUGUAUUGAGCGGCUGUUGAUUGCUCAUGACAAUGACGUGAAAGAAGCAAACAAACAGAGAGGACAGGCGGGCCCUCAGGCAGCACCAGUAGGCGUGUUCCAGACGGCCUCGCAGCCCUCACGGCCAGCUCACUUUCAGCAGCCUCAGUAUCUCCAUCAGACUCAACAGACCUCGCUGCAGUACCGCCAUCCUGUGUCAGAGCAACCCGGCUGCCAGCAGGUUGUGUCUACCACGCACACCUCGUCCUACACACUACAGACAUGUCCUGCUGGCUUCCCAACAAGUGUGCAGGGCCUUGGGAACAUGCAGACUGGUGUUGGGAUGUCCCUGGCGAUACCAGUAGAAGUUAAGCCCUGCGUGAGUGUCGCUUACAACCGGAGUUAUCAGAUCAAUGAACACUACCCUUGUAUUACUCCGUGCUUCGAAAGGUGAUCGUGUGUGAAGCCGAAAACUGACCCGGACAAUUCUUUGACUCGAAGGCCUGGGGCAUCUUUUUUUGUAAACUUGUCUACAGAAGAAAAGGGAUCCAAAUAACAUCAGAACUUUUCAGAUACCAGUGCCAGGAGGACGGAAUAGCCGUUCAGUAUCUAGGAGUACACAGGAGAACUAACCACACGCUUUUAGCAGUGUGGGUGUCAGACCCUGUUUCAACCAAUCCCUGUAUGACAGAAAUGUUCAAGCCUGGCUGGUGGUCCACGUAUUUCAGAAAUGUUCAUUUUAACAGGAAAUCUGACCAGAUUCCAGCUUAGCAUUCUGAGAGUUAACCUGUGGCAGACUCUGGGCCUUAUGUUCUUAUAUGUUGAGACUAAUAUUUCUCUUUGGACUUGCCAAACUCUCUUUUAUGAAGGAAAGUUAACAGUAUUAAUUUUUGCAGAGAUUCUUUUUUUAUUCAGUUUUGAGUUUUACUUUUGAGCUAUAGAUGAAUUUCUCACUUAAUUUUAAAUUGUGCUAUACCAGUUGUGCAGUUCAUUUUUUUUUUCAAAUUAUCCUAUAUAAUUUCCUGUCAUAAAUAAUAGGUUUCUGGAUUUGUGUACUAAAAUUAGGGGUUGAGUAGAUCUCAUAUCUUGAAAUCAUGGUUGUAACUUGAGUUUCUUACUUGCUUGGUUUUUUUUCUUUUUUGUUUUUAAAUCUUUAGAAUUAAAACACAUUUAACUCAGGGAAUUUAUACUACUUGGAAACAUUUAACUACACUUAACUGUAAUACAGCAUGCUAUGGGAAUGUUCUAGUGUGAACUACCUUUAUAACAGGUUUAAAUGCUCCUGCUAGGAUAUGUUUUCAAAUGAGAAGACGAUAUCGUAGCACAGAAUGAAGUGGUAGUUCCUGUGAUUCAAAAUACAUGCAUAGGUUUUGCAUUUCUCAGUGCAAUCAGUGAUUUGCUACUACUCUUUAAAAAGUUUUUUCAAGAGAAAACGUAUCAGUAAAGUGUCAGUACUGGAAUAAAGUCCCAUAGGUUUGUUUUGGAGCGGAGGGUGGCCAGGGUGGUGCUCAGGUUGUGCUAGCGCAGCACUUUGUAUAUGGAAGACAGGUUUUAAAGCACCCUUGGAGUCCAGCCAGUCAAUCUAAGCAGGCAAGGGUGCAGAUUACUAAAGUUCAGGAGUCACUUUCAUUAGGUUGGCCCACAACUGUCCAGGGACAUCUCACUGUACUGGUAAUGACUGAGGACAGCAGGAAUAGGCAAGUUAAGAGUAAAAUAUUAUGGGGGAGAUAAAAAGGAAAGCGUCAUAACUAAUAAAUUAUACAUUGUGCUCUUAGCUGAGCGGGGAGAGAUUUGGUGGAGGAAGCUUUCUGGUUUAGAAAUUUGUAAGGUGUGUAUUUUGUUUGUGUUUUCUUAAAGAUAGCACUUGAAUAGAAAAGAGUCUGCAUGGCAGAUAGGUGACCAUCACAGUACGCAUUGAAGACAGACUUACUGUAAAGAUGCGGGUAUGCAGCAGGCGUCUCAGUAACGAAGCCCGCGGCCUUGCUUAGGAAGGCCGGGGCUCAGCGUGGUGACGAGGAUGCGGCAGCUCCAGCGGAUGGGGGGCUCUGCCUGCGUGAGGGCUUCCAGCAGGGUCCUUUCUGAAAAGGAAACUAACCUUCCUGCAUACUACACAGGGCAUGAGGUGGAUGUGUUAGUCUGGCAAAUAAAGCAAAACCACUCAGGUAAGAACACCUACGAAUGGCAGUUUCCAAGCAUGAAAAUUGUUUUCUGGAACUAUCAUCUCUUUUCCUCUUUUAAAAGGCUGCUAAUUGGAUUUUAAUAGUUCUUACCUUAAGAAACUUGAAUUACUUGGAGGGAAAGUAGGUUAUAAAAAAUAAUACACCUUUCAUCUUUCACAUUCACGUAGAACCCAGUAAACUGGAGUCCAAUUUUCAGUAUUUUAACUACCUCAGUAAUGCUAUGAAUGUAUGAUACUGGGCUAGAAAUCCUAACUUGAAACAACAGCCAGUGCCUGUGGUAAUUUAAUGUCUUGUCCAACGCUUUUAUUGAUUGGUUUAUAUGUCAUUCUUGUUGUAGAAAAAUAUGCCUUUUAAAAAGCCUAUUAAUACUUUCCCAAUUUAUAUUUUUAAAAAAGCUAAAGAACACUGGAUUAAUCUUUGGGGAGGGGUAGAAUAAAAUAAUUGAUUACAAUUGCUGCAUACCCGGGAUGUGGUCGUGUGGUUGAAGAACCAGAACCAUUUUUAAAACAAUAGUUUUCAAUACAAAUACAGCUCAUAACUGUUAGCUUUUGGGGAGGGAAGAUGUGUGGGUUUUGUUUUGUUUAAUUUAUUGAUUAGUCAAAUGUUUUUGUUUCUGUUUUUUUUUCUUUUUUUGAGAUUACUGGACCAUGAUUAAAUGUGUACUGUGAAGAGAUUAAUGAUAUGUAUAAGGGCUUAACCAAAGUCCACUUAAAUAAACACUACUCAAGUACAGACUACAAACCAAAAUGUAUCUGUGUUAUGGCAUGAAUUGCAAAUAGUGUGGUGCUAAAGUCUACACCAGUGGAAUUAGAUGAGUGCUGUGCACUUCGUUUUAA